AUGGCUAAACUUGAACCUCUGCCGCAGCCCAAACCACCACAGGCAAACCAGGGAAACCUGAGGGGACAAGAGCUGGAGAGAGCCCUGUCGGGACAGGAUUUGGACUUCCUCGGGGACCUCCUCGCCUGUCUGUUGCAGGGAUGCUACCAGCGCACUGACAUCAGAGAAGUGAGCAAAUACAGGCGGAGGCAGGAGCGAUCCAGUUUUUCCGCCCGGGCAGCCGGCAACAGGAAGACAGCCGGCUUUAUUGGUCUGGACAGGCCCUGGCAUCCUGGGGGCGGCCGCUCCGCACCGGCCUUUCACAGCGCUGCCCUUUUCAUCCGCACGCGUUAA